AUGUCUUCUUUUCAACAUUCUCCGGUUGUUCCUCAAGAACUCAUGGCAGAAAUUUUGUCGAGGCUUCCAGUGAAGGAUCUGAUGCGAUUCAGGUGCGUUUCAACAUGGUUGAACCACCUCGUAUUCGAUCCGACAUUUGUUAAACUGCACCUUCAAAGGUCUUCCAAAAACACACACAUCUUAUUAACCUUCAGAGACUACGAGAACGAUGAAAGCAGGCACUGUGCAGCACCAUGUUCCUUACAAAACUUACUUCACAACCCAACAUCCACCGUUGACGUUUGUCACCGAUUCAACCACGAUUACACUAUCUUGGGUGUAUGCAACGGCUUAGUUUGCUUGCAAGAUUCUUACCGUGGAGAUGAAUUUGAAGAAUACUGGGUUCGGUUCUGGAAUCCAUCCACAAGGGUCAUGUGCGAAGAUUCUCCACACAUACGUAUUCGUUCCGGUGAUUACAACUACCCUUAUUUGUUUAUGUUUGGGUUUGGCUACGAUGAUUGGAGUGACAGAUACCAAGUUGUUUUUUUGGAUAAUAAAUCACAGAAAUUGGAGAUUAGGGUUUAUUCUUUAGGUGACACUUGUUGGAGAAACACUUUAACAUGUGAUGCUUUCCCUGCGUUGGGUCUUCAUGGAGCUUAUGCGUGUGGCCAUUUGAACUGGUUAGCACUUCCCAAAUGCGGUUCUGGUUAUCGAUGGGCAACUGUUACAAUGAAGGACUUAGAAAUUUUUUCUUACGAUUUGAAGAAUGAGAAAUGCAGUUAUUUGUCUAUGCCUGAUGGUCUUUCUGAAGUGCCUCCUGAUGUGCCUGUGCUUGAGGUUUUGAAGGGUUGUUUGUGUCUUUCUCAUCAUCAAGGGACAUGUUUUGUUGUUUGGAUGAUGAAGGAGUUUGGAGUUGCAAAAUCAUGGACACUGUUGCUGAAUGUAAGUUAUGAACAUCUUCGUAUUCGUGAUCCUCAUGGAUUGCCUGCUCUUCCAGUCAUUUUGUGUUUGUCUGAGGAUGAUAAUGUUAUGCUGCUUGCAAGCUACGAUACUGCGGAAUUUAUUCUAUACAAUAAGAAAGACAAUAGAAUAGAUGAUCGUGAACUUUUCAAUGAAGACAAGUUUUAUUUUUUCUCGUAUGAUUAUGUUCAGAGUUUGGUUUUUCCGUAUCGGAAUUAA